CAUCUCCAGUGCCCAUCUCUCUCUCUCUCUCUCUCUUCCAAGAUCAUAUGUCAUAAGUUCAUCACAAACUAUCUGCAAUGUCUUCCUAUUGUUGUGCACCGGGGUGGUCUUCUAUCUGAAGUAGAAGACUUUUCUAACACGGAUUUUCCUGGGAGAGCAUCAUCGGUUCCAUCUCCGAUGGCGAGCACGGACUCACCGACGAAUUCGCAGCAUCCGCACCUACCGCCCGGCUUCCGGUUCCACCCCACAGAUGAGGAAUUAGUGGUUCAUUACCUUGGAAAGAAGGUCGCCUUGGAGCCACUGCCGGUUUCGAUCAUCGCCGAGAUCGAUCUUUACAAGUUCGACCCGUGGGAGCUGCCAAGUAAGGCCAUAUUUGGGGAGCAAGAGUGGUACUUCUUCAGCCCCAGGGAUCGGAAAUAUCCGAAUGGAGCGCGGCCGAAUCGGGCUGCGACGUCCGGGUAUUGGAAAGCCACCGGCACCGAUAAGCCUAUAUUUGCUUCGAUCGGUAACCGCAAGGUCGGCGUCAAAAAGGCGCUCGUUUUCUAUUGUGGGAAGCCUCCGAAAGGGACUAAGACCGACUGGAUCAUGCAUGAAUACCGUUUCAUGGACGGCAACUCGGCUCCGAAGCCUCCAAAGGCGGAUUCGGCAAGCAGAAAAGGCUCUUUACGCCUUGAUGACUGGGUGUUAUGCCGGAUUUACAAGAAAAGCAGUUCAGUCCGGCCGGUCGAGCCCGGGAAUGAGAACCUUGCUCCGCCGAACAUGAAUCCAUCGACGUCAAAAGGCGUGAAUUACAGCUCCUUUUUACCUGGGAAUAACGAUGAGGCCUUCUUCGACGGAAUAUUGCCGGAAACCAUCCACAACAGUUCGACUUCUCAUCAGUUGCCUUUCUCAACCGCGAAACCAGGCGUCUCGAUUGCCCACUCAGCCACGUUCGCCAGCGACGAGUCGCGACGCAGGUGCCCUGCGCCGGUGCAGUUCUGGAGCGAGGACGGAUCAGCGAUCUCGGGUAAGCGAUACGAGGGCGGCCAUGACGAUCGAAACGGCGGCGCCAACGGCAUGGACGACGGCAACUCCUUCGUCUCUCUGCUCCAUCAGAUUCCGCAAAAUGGCGAGCCCUUUCAUCCGCACAUGUUCCUUGUGAGUUCGAUUGGGGACGGCGACUUCCGGCAGCAGUUCCAACUCCCCGGCGUGAACUGGCCGAGCUCAUAGGUCAUUAGCCAAGAAGCAAAGGAAGUAAUACUCAGGCGAAAAAUGCAAACAAAGGAUGGAGUCAGAUGUGCUCUGAUCUCCUUUUUCUCGUGAUUUUCUUUGUUAUUUUAGGAUCAAGAUGGACUCAUGCAUACGUCCAUUUUAGAUUACAUAGCUCUAUACUUGAUAGGUAGCAAUUACAUGCAGGUACAUGAAUAAUGUACAUUUUCAGAAGAGAGCAAAAGGAGAAGGAAAAUACAUUAUAAGCCUCAGUGCUUUCAAUGGAGGACAAACGUGAAGCCAGGAAAUUUUUUUUUUUUCGGUUCACCUUCAUAUAAAGUUUACCAUUUACAUAGGUGUUUUAUUUA